ACUGACCACCCCAUCAUAUUUUCCCCUGCUUUCAAAUUACGGAAGCCUGCUUAUCAUAUACGCUACCGGUGCAUAUUUUUCCAUCAUAUGCACCGACCGCCUAUUUUCCCCUGCUCAUCUUAGAUUAAUCCACCGGAUUGCUGCUAUUUGACGAUGUCCGAUCAAAACCCUAAACCCUAAAUUAAUUUUCCCGUCGAUCUAUCUAUUGGUAUUCUACUGCUUGCCAUCAUCUUGAUAUUCUUCCAUUCAUGAAAAGGAAGACGGAAAAUUCAAGAACUUGUUGGCUUUUUGAAGUUACGUUAGUAUUCUCAAAUGCAUAUUUUUAAAAAGUAAGUUAUGUUGUCAUCCUCCCAGUGUAUGUUAAGGAUGUUCAAGAAUUUGUUUUCCCCAACUUCAUACGCUACCUAUGCAUGUUAGAUCACUCCACCGGAUUGCUGCUAUUAACUGUCACAUUGACGACGUCCGAUCAAAACCCUAAUCAAUUUUCCCGCCGUUCUAUCUGCUCAAGGAAAUGGGGAGCAUUAAGCGAAUACGUGAGGCUAUUUGGAGUUCAAUUCGGUCAGGGGUUAUCUUGUUGUUGAGGAGUUGGUUUUCAACAGCCUCGAAGCUGGUGCCACCAAGUUUUAAUCGCUUGGACUAAUUGCACCUGCAAAUUUUUGUGUUGCUUGCACAAAAGGCAGAGACCGGUAUCUGUUGCUAUAGGCAUUGACACCUGCUAUAUUAAGGUUGUUGACAAUGGAUCUAGUGUCUCACGAGAUGGACUGGAGUUGAUGGGAGAAAGAUAUGGUAAUCUUUUUGCAAAAUGUUGGGCUGACAUAAUCUUUUCUAUUGUAUUGAUGCUUCUGUACAUAAUUUAUUAUGCCCGACAACUAUGAUGUUCAUAAGUUGGAAUGAUUGUUAUUGUCUAUAAGAUUGCAUGCAUUACCUCAACUGAUAGGCUGUGUGACAGUUUGUGUUCAUUAAUAUCUUUUUCCAGAUGUUCUUUUAUUUAUUAUUUUGUGGUUUACUUGUAAUUGGGAAAACUGUUAUGGCUGUACACAACACAAUAUUGAUGCUUACAUUUUGUUUUUGCUUUUAUUGUAAGAUGUACAUGUACAUCUCAAUCCCGGUGCUUCAUUUGCAAUAUAUUUAUAUGUAUUCCCCCCCACCCCACCCGCUUUUUUUUUGUGCUUUAUCUUCUGUGUUACUUCCUUUUUGUGUGGUCAUUUUAAAUAUGUUUUGUAUGCUUGCUUUACACCAGCGACAUCAACUACCAGCCCCACAAACUUGAUCAGGCCUCUUGGAAGCCUAAUAGCAGUGGGGAAUUUAGUUGUUCUUCUGCCUGGGAACUUAUCAGGGACAAAAGGAGUAAGACAAGAAUUAACUCUCAAACAUGGCACAAACACAUUCCUUUUAAGUGUUCCUUCCUACUCUGGAGAGAACUUAGAGGGAAACUACCUACUAAUGAAAAACUUAUCAGCUUUGGAGAAGCCCCAGCCCAAUGUUACUAUUGCCAUAGAGCUGGUUUGGAUACCAUUGACCAUAUAUUUGUUUCUGGAAACUUUGCCAGGAAGGUUUGGAGUGUAUUUUCUGAUUCUCUGGGUAUUAGUAAAGAAUACACACCACUUAGAAACCUGAUGAUGAGGUGGUGGUCCAGUAAUUACAGUAAUGAGGUCCAUAAACUUAUCCUACAAGCAACUCCAAUCUUCAUAUGUUGGAACCUUUGGAAAAAUAGAUGUACCAUCAAAUAUGGAGGGAAGCAGUCCAAUAUUACAAGAGUGAUCUACUCAGUCUUCAAGGAUAACUUCAACCUUCUAAGCACUACCUACUCCUAUAUCAGCUGGCCAAAUAGAUGGAAGGAACUGGUCCUUCUUGUGGAAAAAUGUACUAAUGAAGUUAAUGUUAGUACUGUCUACUGGAGGAAACCUUCAGCUCACAUGGUGAAGCUGAACACUGAUGGUAGUGCACUUCACAAACCUGGAAAAAUAGGAGGGGGAGGAUUGCUAAGGAACAAUCAAGGAGAUCUUCUCUUUGCUUUCUCAACCCCUUUUGGAGAAGGUACAAACAACCAAUCUGAGAUAUUGGCAGCCAUCUUUGGUUUGACUUGGUGUCUCCAAUUAGGAUAUACUAAAGUGAUCCUUGAAGUGGACUCUGAGCUAGUAAUCAGAUGGAUAAAACACCUAGCUCAACCACCAUGGACUGUCAGAACACAACUCCAACAGCUGCAGGACAUCAGUCAUCAAUUCCAGGUUUUCAAAUGCAGCCACACUUACAGAGAAACCAAUUUUACAGCUGAUGUUUUGUCCAAACAUAGCCACAAAUGCACUACUCCACAGAUAUAUCUCAAUAAACAAGAGCUUCCCAAAGAGGCAAGAGCUUACUUUGAGUUUGACAAACUGGAAAUGGCCAACUUCAGAAGAAGAAGGCUUAAGAGAAUCAAGAAGCCACCAUGACCUUGUCAGCCUCCUUGGUCCAACUUACUAUUCAAAUUACUUAUUGCUAUGCAUAGUAAUAAUCAAUUUGAAGGUUCUAUAGUUAGGACCAUGGUAAAAGGGAACACCUCCCUUGGCUUAUGCCUUCUUAAAAUAACCAAUCUUAUUUUACAGGUUAGGAUUAGAAUAGAACCUUUCUUCUUUGUCUUUCUCCUUUUUGGCCUUGUAGGUAUAAAUACACAGGCACCAUAUCAUCCAACUAGUGGAGGGACAGUCAGGUGUAUACUGGAAAUUUACCACAGCUGUUCCAAGGUUGGACUUGCCUUAGAGACUCAGCAGUCAUACAACACCUGCACAAACAAGCAAUUCAACAACAACAACAAAGGUCAGGCACUCAGAAUUCCUGCACAUGCCACAACUGCAACAACAAACAAAACCACCAUGCAACAUCAAAAGGAAUCCAUAUUGCACAGGAUCAUAGCAAAUAUAGUAGGGGCAAAGCCCAAGAAGUCUCAGCUCAAACGGAUAAUUGGAGACGUUAGUCGAGCGACCUUGAAAAAGUCAACCGACUUAAGUCCCCAAAUGGAGCACUUCACAACUUGGAGCUUCCAACUUGUCCAAAUGACCUCCAAACUUUGCAGGGAUACAGAAAAUACUAUAUUUGCACAACCAAAGAAGUUUCAUCUCCAACGGAUAAUUGGAGACGUUAGUCGAGCGACCUUGAAAAUGUUAGCCGACUUAAGCCUCCCAAUAGUGCACUUCACAAUUUGGAGCUUCUAUCUUGUCCAAAAGACCUCCAAAUGUUGCAGGAACACAGCAAAUAUAGUAAUUGCAAAGCCUAAGAAUUUUCACCUCAAUCGGAUAAUUGGAGACGUUAGUCGAGCGACUUUGAAAAAAUUAACCGAUUUAAAGCUAACAAGCUCCAAAGAACUGUUUGAGGUCUUUUCUUUUCUUUGCUUUGUCUUUGUUUUUGUAUGUAGGUGCGGGUACCCUAAGGAGCUGAUCAUGAGUAAUGAUCUCCUCCUGAAGAUAGCUUGCAACAACAUACAACUGAACAAUUCCACUAGCUGGCUACAGGUUUGCAGCAGCCUAUACUUCCCCCACAUUUGUGUGGGUCUUUGGCUACUUGUUUGUACAGGUCCACAGAUAUCCAAACAAAGGGAGACAAAUGCUAGACAUGCAAGAGACUCACCAGCCCCCAACAACAAUUCAAACAUGCCAGAUUCCACCCUUUAUUACUUGCAUCAGCCCAAUUAUAUCCAAGAUACUUGGAAUUCCUUGUGUGGUUAUUCCUUGUGAAAUUUAUUUCAAUAAAAUGUAUGAUAUUGAUGGUCUGAGCACUCAAUAAGUUGGAUAGCUUCAUUUGUAGGUGCUAAGAUCAAAAGUUAAUAGGAAAACAAUCUACUCUAAGGUCUCUAAAUCAGUUAAUGAAAAAGGAAGUGACCGAACAAUGACAAUUAAGAAGUGUGUGCUUCCGUGAUUGAACAUUAGUUUUGGACGUCAUACAAAAGUUGUAAAAUUAUUAAUAUUUAAGUUAAAUAAAAUAAUAUUAAAUAUUUU